UAUUUUAUAUAUUCUAAAAUUUAUUUACAAAUUAUUAUUUAAAAAAUGAUAUUUCACGUUUAAAUUUUAAAGAAGUAUUCCAUAUCCCAUUUCGUGCAACUAUGAGACCCAAACAAUAGCCCAAGGAUUCCUUAUGGACUGUUAUAGAGUUGGACCUGAGGCGGACCCGAACAUGUUUACGAUUCCUACCCGCAUAAAGCGGAGAGGAGAGGACAACGGCUAGUCGGCUGGGUCAGUGAGACAGACCAUUUUGAAUUGAGAACCAAAAAGAGCCCGCUCUUCUCCCAUUUUAAAUUCUCAGAUUCUCUCUCUCUCUAUAUCUCAACCUCUCUUCCCCACAAAGAGCGUCCCCUCUCUCUCUGAACGUGAAGCAGCAGAGAUUUAGAAGCCUACGGAAAAGCAAACAAAGAAAAAUCGGGAAAUCAGAUAUGGCCACGAAUAUCGGGAUGAUGGAUUCGGCAUAUUUCGUCGGCAGAUCGGAGAUCCUCUCGUGGAUCAACUCCACUCUCCAACUCAAUCUAUCCAAAGUCGAAGAGGCCUGCUCCGGUGCCGUUCACUGCCAGCUAAUGGACUCUGUUCAUCCAGGGAUUGUGCCUAUGCACAAGGUCAAUUUCGAUGCCAAGAACGAGUAUGAAAUGAUCCAGAAUUACAAGGUCCUUCAAGAUGUCUUCAACAAACUCAAGAUCACUAAGCACAUUGAAGUGAAUAAGCUUACAAAAGGAAGGCCGCUUGAUAAUUUGGAGUUCAUGCAGUGGAUGAAGCGUUAUUGCGAUUCUGUUAAUGGAGGCGCUCUCAAUUACAAUCCACUGGAAAGAAGAGAGGCAUGCAAGGGAGGAAAAGAAGCAAGCAAGAAAUGUGGGGCAUCUCAACCUUCAGCCAAGACUUCAACAGCUGCCGCUCCUAAAUCACAGUCCUCGCACAAUCCUCGAAGGAAUGAUUUGUCCUCUGUGAACUCUGCAAAUCAAUCUGUGAAAGCUUCAAAACCACCUCCUAGUUCAGUGCCUGCAUAUGAUGAACAGAUCACAGAAUUGAAGCUGUCAGUAGACAGUCUUGAGAAGGAAAGGGACUUCUAUUUUGCAAAGCUGAGAGAUAUCGAGAUUUUGUGCCAGAGUCCUGAAAUUGAAAACUUAACUGUUGUUGCAGCGAUAAAAAGAAUUCUGUACGCUGCAGAUGAUGAUCCGUCUGUUGUUGCAGAAGCUCAAGCCAUGGUAUCCCUUCAGCAGAAAGAAGCAUUAAGUCCCAUUGUUGAGACUUCAUCAGAGGAAAAGAUGAAUUCAGAUUCCCAGAAACGAAAAUGCAUUGUGAACUAUGAAGUUGAUUCUACUCUCAUCGCAGCAUUGUCGCCAAGGCAAAGGCUUUCUGAAGCUACCGAUGUCCAUUGCAGUGGGUCCCCUCUUGUGACUUACUGAUAAUUUCCAAUCUGAAGAUGUAGUCCUAAUUACAUCUGCUUCACAAAAUCCAUUGUUUAGCUUGCUCUUUUUUCUACAUUCGGAUCUGAUAUUUUUUGCAUGGAUAACAAGUGAUGAAUUUUCAAUGUCAUAUAGGCUUGAGAAGAAAUAACAUUGUCAUUUUCCCCA